UAUAAAUCAAGGUCUUUAUUAGACAUUUUCGUUCAAAUGCACCCUACAAGAUCUCAUAGCAUCUAUGGUCAACGCUUGACUGGAACACAUCACACUUUACGAACUCACACAUAAUACCAAUCAUGGCUGUCAAUGGCUCCGCUUCUGUGAAUCAGACACCCAAGUCCAUAUCCCCAGUCGCCCUGUGCCAUGUAGUUCUCCGAACUACCCCUGAGGGCUACGAGAAGUUGGUGGACUUCUACCUGACCCUCCUCGGUGCCAAAAUCACCCACAAGUCCCACCGCUUGGCGUUCCUAAGCUACGACUACGAACACCACCGGCUCGCCGUCGUCGCCGAUCCCAAUUCGCAUAGACGUGGGCCCGAAGGACCUCAAGUCGGCCUUCACCACGUAGCGUUCGGGUUCGACACAUUGGGUGACCUCGCGACGGCGUAUGAGCAGAGAAAGGCUGUCGGGAUUCUGCCGGUGUGGUGCGUGAACCAUGGUAUGAGCACGAGCAUGUACUACGAAGACCCCGAUGGGAAUGAGAUAGAGUUCCAGGUGGACAACUUCGAUACGGUUCAGGAAGCGGUGGACUUCAUGCAAUCCAAGGAUUUUGAGGAGAAUCCGGUCGGUGUAGACUUCAAUGCUGAUGAUUUCGUCCAGAGGGUAAGGAGUGGUGAGGAUGAGAAGGUUAUUAAAGCUAGACCGAAUAUUGGGAAGAGGGACAGGAAGUGAGAGAUGAAUGAAACUAGGGGAGUCGGCAGUGGUGCGCUGUUAAGACCUUUAGAACAGAGAUAGUUAUGUCGACUUAUUUGUAAUGAGCAGUAUAACUAGGUAAAUCUACCUACAUCUUUCACAUACUGAGAAUAAGGC